AUGGGCAAUCACACUGCGUAUAAGCAAGUCAAGGGCACGAAGACGUCCGCCGCCGAAAUCCUCCAACUCUACGAUGGCCUCCGCCAAUCGAACCUCACCAACUUCGACGUACUGUUGACGGGAUACAUGCCCAGUGCCGAGGCCGUACAAGCGAUAGGGACAAUUGGAAGGGAUAUCAAGUUCAAUGCGGGCACAAAACCUGGCAGUUUUUUCUGGGUGCUGGACCCUGUCAUGGGCGACAACGGAAAGCUAUAUAUCCCCGAGGACGAAGUUCCAGAGUACAAAAGUCUGCUACGAGAGGCAGAUCUGAUACUUCCGAACCAAUUUGAGGCAGAACUACUUUCCGAUACCCCCAUCACCGACCUCAAGUCCCUCGCAGCCGCCAUCCAAGUCCUCCACAAAACAUACCAAGUCCCGCACGUCAUCAUAACCUCUCUCCGCCUAACGCGCGACAACCAAACCAUACCCUCGCGCCCCGUCUCCAAAGCGGGAACCGGCACACACACGCCCUCUGAAACACCCCAACAGCUACCCUCACAACCAGACUUCAACCUCUCCGACAUUGAAAACCUCACCAUCAUCGGCUCAACCGCAACCUCCGACUACAAACCCCGUCUCUUCCGCAUAGACACCCCACAACUCCCUCUCUUCUUCUCCGGCACCGGCGACAUGUUCGCUGCCCUUACCAUCCCGCGCCUCAUCGAAGCCGUGCACGCGGCUUCAACCCCCGAAUGCAAUUUACACACCACACCCAGCUGGCGCUCCCCGGACUCCGUGCCCGCUGACCAACUCCCCCUCGCCAAAGCCGCACAAAAGGUUCUCGCCUCUAUGCAAGCUAUUCUGACAAAGACGACGGCGGUGUGCCAGCAGAAAAUGGAAAAGUAUGAUGCGCGGGCUGAGAAGGAAGGAAGAGGAGAGGGCGAUGAGGCGGAUGAAGAGGUGAGGAAGAAGAGACAUCUUGCGCUUACUAAUGCGAGUGAGGUUACGGUUGUGAGGGGGUUGUGUGCCGAAGGAGGUGGGCGAGAGGAGGCCGGAUGA